GCUGGUGGACGCGGACACCGCGGACGAGUGGGUCUGCGUGCCGGCCGCGGAGCUGCAGGAGCGGCUCGAGUCGCAGCGGGUGCGGCAGAAGGUGCCGCAGCCCGCCGCGACUGGCUCGUCUACGACCUGGAGGAGGUUCACGCCCACUGGGGCGAGAUCGCCCGUUCGCUCCGCGCGCUGGGGCUGCUGCAGCCGGACUCUUCUGCCGCAG